AUGGGUGCAAUUCAUUCUAGUAAAGGGAUUAGUAAAGCAGAAUUGAAAAAACUUUCAGCUAAAACGCAUUUCACUGAAGCACAAAUUAAAAAAUGGUAUAAAGGCUUCAUUAAAGACUGUCCUUCAGGCCUACUAAAUCGUUCUACAUUUUUAAGUAUGUAUACACAAUUCUUCCCAGAUGGUAAAGCAAGAUUAUUCUAUGAACACUUGUUUCGAACUUUCGAUCAAGAUGCUAGUGGAAGUAUUGAUUUCAAUGAAUUUUUAACCGCUAUCAGCAUUACCCAAUCUGGAAGUCCUGAAGAGAAGUUGGAAUUAGCUUUCCAAUUAUAUGAUAUUGAUAGGAAUGGUACUAUUGAAGAAUAUGAAAUGACACAAAUAAUAAAAGCUAUUCACCUGAUGGUUGGUGAUAUUGAUGAAAAGAAUGAUAAGACACCAGCUGAACGGACAAGGACAAUAUUCACUAAAAUGGAUGUGAAUUCUGAUAGUGUUUUGACAAAAGAUGAAUUUAUUCAAGGAUGUUUAAGUGAUGAACACUUGUAUCGAUUGCUGGCACAAAAUGAUAGUCAACAAAAAUAA